GAACAGAGUAGUCGGCAGUGUGUGUGUAGAUCUCGCGUUGUAAGUAUCGAACGUCUCCGUGCCAAAGCCAUGACUGAAGCCAGAAAUGAUUACAAGGAGGUCCCCAUGAAAGAGGCGGACGAAAUCAAGAAGGACGAUGAGGUGGUGGGACUCAAGCCCAAGAUGACGCUGUUUAACGGCAUUACGGUGAUCGUAGGCUCCAUCAUCGGCUCUGGGAUUUUCAUCUCCCCGACGGGCGUGCUGAAGAACACCGGCAGCGUGGGCAUGUCCCUCAUCGUGUGGAUUGCCAGCGGGGUCUUCUCCAUGGUCGGCGCCUACUGCUACGCCGAACUGGGCUGCAUGAUCCAGAAAACUGGCGCCGAUUAUGCCUAUAUUAUGGUAACGUUUGGGCCGUUCCUGGCGUUCAUGAGGCUUUGGGUGGAGUGCAUCAUAGUACGGCCAUGCUCGCAAACCAUCGUGGCACUCACGUUCAGCGAAUACAUCAUGAAGCCGUUCUUCCCUACCUGCAUGCCACCCGACGUGUCUGGACGUCUUCUGGCCGCCGUGUGCAUCCUGGUGUUGACAUUCGUGAACUGCUGGAACGUAAAGUGGGCGACCAGGGUACAGGACAUCUUCACGGGGGCUAAGCUCUUCGCUCUGGGCAUCAUCAUCAUCACGGGCUUCGUCCAGCUUGGCAAGGGUGAGACUCAGUACUUCACCUUCGAGAACACGGAACCUGACGUCACUAAGAUCGCUCUCUCCUUCUACUCCGGCCUCUUCGCGUACAACGGAUGGAACUAUCUCAACUUCGUGAUAGAGGAGCUCAAGGACCCCGUCAAAAACUUACCUAAGGCUAUCUACAUCUCCAUCUCCUUGGUAACCGUUGUCUACGUGCUCGCCAACGUUGCAUUCUUCACCACCCUGUCACCUGCCGAAGUGCUGGGCUCCAAGGCCGUGGCUGUGAGUUUUGCUGAUCGCCUAUACCGGCCAGUGGAAUUCCUCAUCCCCAUAUUCGUGGCUCUCUCCACGUUUGGCUCCGUGAAUGGCAUCCUCUUCACAUCUUCGAGGCUCUUCUAUGCUGGUGCAAUGGAAGGUCAGAUGCCCGAGAUUUUGACAAUGAUCCAAAUCAAGCGUAUGACACCCACCCCUGCAGUGCUGUUCAUGGCCUUCCUCAGUCUUAUCUACCUCAGCUCAAGUAACAUCUUUGCCCUCAUCUCUUAUGUUGGUUUUGCUACCUGGAUAUCAAUCGGCCUUGCUGUCCUGUGUGUACCGUGGCUGCGCUGGACAGCACCUGAUUUGGAAAGGCCAAUCAAAGUGAAUCUUGUCUGGCCAAUCCUGUAUAUCAUCGCUACUAUAAUCAUCACCAUUGUUCCCAUGAUUGCAGCGCCCAUUGAAACUGGUAUUGGUGUGGGAAUUAUCUCUACUGGUGUCCCGGUUUACCUCAUCUUCGUCAAAAUGCGGAAACCAGCUUUUAUCACGACGAGACUAAAUAAGUUUACAGAAGCUAUGCAGAAAAUGAUGAUGGUCUUACCUGCAGAGACGAAAAAAUAAUGAAAUGUUUUAGCGAAUGGUAAUGAAUGUGUAAGAUGGACCAUUUUAUGCAAAAGUUGAUGAUGGUCUGCCAGCCAGAGAAAGCUGCUCCUCUGUAAGGACCAACAUAUCACUGUCAAAGGAUGAUGAUUCUCUGAAGAUGUUAGGAGAGAGAGAGAGAGGUUGAUUUUCUGUAGUUAAUGCAGUCUUUAUUGUUGAAGGAUAUACCAAGAACUUUUUGAAAGAUUUGUUUGAGUUGUGUAUUCCUGGAAAUAUACAAAUUCUUAUCUAUAAAUUUCAUGUAGAAUUUAUUUUAUUAUUUUUACAAUAUUGUUUAUCCUUCAGGAGCAGUAAAGGACAAAGCAUAUUUUUUAACUAAAGAAGUGAUUCCGUUUGGGAACUGUUUUUCAUAAUUAAUCUUAUGUGUAGAUGUAAUUUAGGUUAAAUGGAAGGUGUGUUAAGAGAUGGAACAAUAAUUCCUCACACAGCAGGACCCUAUUCUCUUCACUACUUGGCGACUACACAUAUUCUGACUAUCCGACGACUGACUGUGUUUUAACCCUUUUAUUGUAAGAAUCGAGGGGGAUACAAAUAUUUUAUUACUGAUUGACCUUUUCAUCAGUAUUUUGUGUGGUUUUAAAGAUGUUGGGGUUAACAUUAUUUGCAACUCACAAAUUUACAGACGAUGACUGACCUCAUCUUUAGUUCUGUGCAUCCUAUAGACUGAUGAUUUUUUAUAAGAAACUUUUGUAUAGUUUAUUUAGAUUUAAGAAAUGUGCUUUCACUUAAAUACUGGCAUACUAAAUGAUGUAAAAUGGUCGUGGGUACAGAACAGUUGUAGUUAUAAUGUAGAUUUACUGUGAUAUGUACUAGAUUUUUUGUAUUUACUCAAUAAAAAGGGCAAUUUAAUUUAUGGUGACGCUGGAGUUAAUUCACGUUUCAUUCUGGGUAGGAGAAUCUAUAGCUGUUAUGACUGUCCCCUGCCAGGUGUUGUUAAAUGGUAAAUAAAUACAGUUUACUGGUAAACAACGGUUAAGUAUGACUGGCUAGAAAAGUUGUGCAGCUGGAAUAAAUGGCUACCACAGAGUUGAGUUCCAGAUAUGGAUAUGAUUUUAGCAUGGUGUCUUUUAAUUCGCUAAUGAAUUCUUUGCAUUUUCAGUAAUACUCCGGUAAUUUUUCAUGCUAGAAUGUGUUACUGUCAGUUACAAGAUUAUUAAUAAAGACAUGUAUGCUAGGUCUUGGAGUUAAUGAAAAGGUCGAGAUGGGUAGAAUAGAAGAUGGGUCACACAGUACUGUGGCUGUGAAGAUGGUGUAUUUUUUGUGAGGGGCAUCAUGUGUAGACAAGAAGGUAAUGAUAAUCAUGGCCACCUCAUAAAUUCCAGCCCUGAAUAUGUUUUGACCAUGACUAAGCCAAAAACUGUAGCAAGUCUUGAAACAACUCUGUGUAUAGCAUGUGUAAAAGUAUGGCAGUACUGUAUGUGUCAGUUUACAGGGGUGUUGGGAGCACUUUUCUGGGGCUUCUUUAAUAAGAACCAGACAUUUUUUUCAUUUUGGGAUAUUUUGAUGCUAUAGAUCUGAAAAUGGUUAUUUUAUUGCAAGUAAGACGUGUGACCAAUUUUGUAAUUUUAGAAUAUUAUUUUCUCAUGUCUAAUAGACAAAUGCCAUUAGGACAUUAUGGCAAACAUUUACAGACCAUGUUUUAUGAGUGGAGUUAUUGUUUUGUAUUAUGAUAACAAUGUUGUGUGAGUUUCAUGUAUCUUUGAAGUAUAAUGGCCAUAGGUUUCCGUUUGUUUAGAAGACAUCAAAUAUUUAAGAAUCACUUAGUUUUACAUUUGUUAUGCAAAGAUUUUAUUAGUAAUGUGAGUGACCUAUGUUACCUGUGGCAGCACUUCCAUGGAUUAAGUAAAAGAUGCCAUUUCUUCCAUUGAUUUAUUAUUAUUAUUUUUAAUGCAGCCCCUUUUCUUGUCAUUUACCCAGUUUCACUGUACAGUAUUUUUAUUAAAGUUACAUAGUACUUUUCCCAUUUCACUGGCAUCAUUUUUCCUGUAUGUUCUUGCUGUCCACAUUUAUUGUGACUAUAAAGUAACUUCAAUCACGUUUUUCCUGGUGAAUGCAAGUUAUCAUUAACAACUAAUAUAUUAUACAAAAUUCAUUUAAUAAUUUCUUCGCAUUUCUGAUGGAUCUUGAGCACAUAGUGGUGUGAAGACAGUCAGUAGUGUUAAAGUUUUCUUGAAAAUAUUACAUAAAUUUCCAUAAAUGUGGAAAAAAAAGGCAUACAAGAUAUAGGUACACUUUUUAUUUGGUAUGUGAAUUGUCUUAGUUAAUUAGUAUUUUAACUUACGUUACACUUUUGAUUUCAAAGAAUACUGAAUAUUGUGAAAAACAGCAAUACUCUGCCUGAAAAAAGAAAUAUCAUUUUUUAACAAGAACUAUUUUAUUUUUAUUUUUUCAUAAUCUCGUCUAAUCAGCAUCCAAUAAGUCAUUAUACAUUUUUCAUAAAGCCAGUAACUCUAUACAAUAUAUAUAUAUAUAUAUAUAUAUAUAUAUAUAUAUAUAUAUAUAUAUAUAUAUAUAUAUAUAUAUAUAUAUAUAUAUAUAUAUAUAUAUAUAUAUAUAUAUAUAUAUAUAUAUAUUCUUUUUUUUUUCUUUUUUUCCAUCAGAAUCCUUGAUAAUCAUUGAGCAUGAACAGCAUUUUUCAAGUCAAUAGCUUCAUUGUUCAGAACCUGUUAGGUAAGCCGUUCAGUACGUAUUUUUAUAUUAUGGUUCAUAUUUGCAUGAAUUAUGGAAUAGGGAUAAAUAAGAAGUAGAAAAGGGUGCUGAAUAAUAGAAGAUAUUACUAUAUUAUUUCCAUGCUACUGGGACCAUUGUUUACAUGUUGGACGAAGUCUAGGCAGAAGUGACUGAGUAGCUCAUAUGUCAUGUGUAUAAAAAAGUCAAUAUAAGAACUUUUAAGUAAACUGUUCCUAUUGUCUAAAUCUGUUUUAUCCAUAUGAAAUUAUUUUAUUACUUUUCAGAAAAUAAUUUUGUCCAUAUAGAAUUAUUAUCAUGACUUGGUUAAUAUUGUUUAAUUUGUAUUUUAGAAAAAAUAACAAAUAACUAGAUGUGGGUGUCAAUAAAUUGUGGACUACCCUCAGGUCAUCUCUAUACUGUAUUGAGGUUUUCUUUAAAGAACUCUGUGAGGUAUAUGGCAGAUAAGUUUUGUAUAAAUUAUUGACAUACAAAUACAAUGCAGCUUUCAGCUAAUAUCCAAGUGCCAUAAAUGUAGCAGUUUACACUAAAAAAGUUAUUACCGUAGAUACAGUAUAUGAUGCUUGGACAAGUCAUUUUUGUCUCGUAAAGAUUGACCAAAAAACAAAUUCCUUGGAAAAAUCACAUGUUAAUAGAAACAACACUUAAACAUUUGUGAACAUUUAAAGGAAUCGCAUAGGAGUCAGGAUCAGUAGCAUUUAUAACACAGUGUGUACUCUUUAGUUCUUCACUCUUUUUGGUGUAAGUAAACAGGAGUCACUGGUGGUACUUCAGAAAGGCAGUUUAGAUACUGAACGUUCCAUUGAUGUAAACCAGUUGUGGAUAAUGUUUCAGCAUAUUUAACAUUAAAUUUGUAGUUUUCUUCCACUUCAGAUCUGAUAAAGUUGAGUUAUGAAUGCUGAAUUUUUUGUCAGCUGCAGUGCUGAUGACAGACUAUGAGAUACACUUGGUUAUUUAUGCAAAAAAAGUUAUGGAUAAUAGUUAACACCAGAAAGAAGUUAGUAAUUAAGAGUACUGUACUGUAUAUAAAAGGCAAGUAGAUGAUGUGCAGGUUCUGGUAUUUUACUGUUUUUUUAAAAGAGAUGGGUAGACACUGAAAUUUAACAUAAGCAAUUAAAUCUACUGGAGCAUAUUUCUAAUGAAGGAGAGCUGUAACAGAACAUGAUGAAGGUAUCUUAAGUUGUGUACUGAAGAUUAUGAUACAUGAAUGGUAGCUAUGAAGAAAUGAAAAACAUCAGUAGAUUCACACAUAUAUGCUAUUAUUAAUUUCCUCUAUUGACUGAUGUCAUUUCUAAAUCUAUUAAAAAAAUUGGUGCCCAUUUCAAAAUCUUUACCCUAAGACCUUAAAGAAUCCAGUGUUAGUACCUGAAAAAUGGUGAAUAUUUCUGUUCUGAUUUUGAUGAGCAAUUAAGGGUGUCUUCAUCUGCUUAUACAGUAUAAUACUAAGAACAUCUACCAUUAAUGGGUCAAAUUCCCCCUCAUAGCCUAAUGUUUUAACAGUCGUGCUUCCAUGAAUGACUGGGAUUUGACAGCAUCUUUUACUUCAUGUGAUACAUAUUUUAUUUUCAAAUUUUGCAAUAUUACCAUUUCAAAAAUUACAAUAAUCCUUCAAUGAUAAUGCAGUUUAACACACCAUAACUUUAUACAUAAAAGGGAAAACUUUGUAAGGGAUAAAUACACUGUCCAAGUCAUUCACUCAAUUCCUAACAGCCUAUUAAGUGCAAUUUGAAGUAAGUCUUCCACCACAAUGAACUGUUAGCUGCUGAAAACUGUUUUGAGUUUUGUCAGGUGAUCUUAGGAAUUUAAGACUAAAAAAAUACCGUUAAUCAGGAUGGCCACUUAUGCAUUUUUCAACAAUGUCUCAUUGCUGAAAAAUUUAAUACAGUACUUCCACAGACAGUGAAGGAUAUGACAACAUUAUUUGUGUAUUACUUGUUCUAAAUGGUUAUUACUGACUGGGAUAUAAUGCAGCAGUUUUGCUAAAUACAAAAUUUUAUAUUCUUUAUACCUGUAUACAGGUACUAUAUACUGUACUGUACUGUACUGUAUAUGUUUACUAAGGACACCUAUUCCAUAUUUGGUGUUUCCUCCAAGAGCUUUGAAACUUUACUGUGUGUUUUUCCAGUCAGUGACUUAGGAAUAAUACCAAGUUGCAGUAUAAACAGUAGGAGGAAGUCAGUCAGUUUCCUUCAAAUACAUAUCUAACAUCCUACAUUGCUACAGUGGCAGGGAUAGGCAAAUUAUCUUGGUUAAAUAGAGAGAUUUUAUGCCAUUUGAAUGUCCACUAAUUCAAUAUUUAUUAUAUUGUAUAGACAACUGUAUGUGGUGUUUAUUAAAGAUAUACAUAUAUAUAUAUAUAUAUCCAUGUCAAAAUGUGGCGUUCUUAAACAUACGUCAACGUCAUCCUUAAGUGUAUGUAAUCCUGUAAGCCCCAGAUCACCAUUUGAGAAUCAGUGUUUGUAAUGUUAAAACAGUAGCAUUAAUGUAUCAUUCAGUUGACUAAAUAUUGAAACUAACUUCUCUUUUAAUAAUCACAAGAAAUUAGUGGAGACACUAUGUACAGUAUUAACAAAUUCAUAACAUCAUCUUAUCAAAACUAUUUUAUUGUAUUAGUUUAUCUUUUCUUACACCAUAUAUUUAUAGAACCAUGUCAUGAGAUUGUAUUAUUUUCUAAGAUAGAGGACAAAACUUGGGUUUCAGUUAUUGGCGAGGCUUUUAUUAUUGUAACAUGUAUGGGGCUGACCUGUGACCCCGUGUGUUGUGAUUUAUGUUGUGAUGGUAGACGCUGCUCAUCAUUAACAAAACAUAGAUGACUGCCUAUCAUGUAAACCUCAUAAAUUAUUUAUUGAGAAAGCAAUGUUUGGCAAAUUGUAAUAUUUUGUUUUUUUGUUUUUUACAAAUUUUUUAGUUAAACAUUCAGUUCUGUAUAUGUAUAGAAUAAGCUUGCAGAGUUAAACAUGGAGCACCUUAUUUGUUAUCAAAAGUACUUGUGAGUAGUGGGUUUUGGCUUACCCAUGAAGCCUUAAGAUGUCAGUCUUUAUCUCCUUGUAUCUUGAACUAGAAAUUAUUUAGGAAUUUUGGUUAUUCAAGUGCAUAGUUGACAUCUUUGGUACCUAAGGAAUUAAAAUCUCAAGUGACCAAUGAAAUAGGGAGUUAAAGUCUUCAUAAAUUACCUUACAUUAAAUCAGUGAGGACACAUACUGUAUUGUCUGUCGUAUUACUGUUUCCUCCAUAAACAUCUGUAUGAGGCAGGUAGAGUGCAUAGAGACUCAGUUUAUGUAAUUGUAAACAUGCCAUCCUCACACGAGUCUAAGCAAUGGGUUCCUAUUUCCUAUUUAAAGUUUGUAAUCAAUAAUAUAUAACAAGAAGUUUUGGAAAAUAUAUUUAUUAAGCUCCAGUCUCUUAAGUCUACAAGAGAAGAUAAAGUUGAUCAUGCAUUUUUUGUAGUAAAAUCUUAAUAAGGAAAAAAGUGUGUAUGAAAACUUUUAUAGUGCUCUAUUUUUUUUAUAUGUGACCUACGUUGAUGCAGUGCCGUUAAAUUCUUUAUGCUGUAUAUUUUGGGUGUGGUAAUAUAAACUAAAUUUUAAGGUUUAUAUUUUCUGUGUAGUUUUUCAUUAAGCACAAACUUUAAUAGUGCAACAACUGUAAGUGCAACUUAUAUACCGAGUAGGUUAUACCUCCCGUAUACCUAUAUACAGUAAAUACAUUUUGACACAAUAACGAGCCAAGGUUCAACGAGGUUGCGUGUGUUUUGUUAUCUGAAAAUAUUGUGCCUCAAUGAAUUCUAAUAACAAACGAGUGAGCAAAGAAUAAACACAGCUAUGAUUUGCAUAUUGAUGUUUGUGUUGUAUUGCCAGGUUCAGUAAUAGGUUAAGCUAACUCGGUUCCUUUUCAAUGAGCUUAAUGAUGUGCAGCAAAGCAAUUCUGUGGUCUGUAAGAAAGUGUCCUUGUAUAUCAAAAUGUGAAGUACCGUGUCACUGUACCGUAUGUAUAACAGAAUUAUCCAAAAAGUAUUAUCAUAUUAAGCCUCAUGGAUUAUGUUGUGUGACUAAAUGGAUAAUCAGAAGUGUGCAUUGUGCAAAAUGGACUGUACAACUGUUGGUUAAUGUUGAAUGAAGUAAAUUAGCUUUAGCA